UCGUGCGUCGCGCACCUCGAAGCCGAGCACCGGCUUCGCCGCACCGGCACGUCGUCGUCGCUGCGGUCGUCGACCGAGCUCCACCGGCGGCACUCGUCCCGCUCCAACAUGUCGGUCUACUCGGAAGACGACGUCGGCGAGGCCAACCUCUUUCAGCUCUCGCUGCGAGGCAAGGACGCCCCGACGUUGAUUCGCCGUCCGUCGAGCUCGAUGGAGUAUGCGCUCGACUAUAGCUGGAAACACAAGUGGCCCAAGCCGCCGACGCUGCCGUUCGAAGCCGACCGGCUCAUGGUGCUCAAGAGCUUCGACUUGCUGCGGAAGGACGUGACGUUUGAUGCGAUUUGCGAAAUCGCCGCCAAGGUGCUCCAGUGCCGGAUCGUGACCGUCGGCUUCAUCGACGAGCACCGGCAUUGGUUCAAGUCGAGCAUGGGGCUCGCGCAGACGAGCAUUCCGCGGAGCAUGUCGUUCUGCGCCCACGCGCUCGCGUCCGAAGAUCCGCUUGUGGUGCUCGACACCCGGGACGACGACCGCUUCAUGCACAACCCCAUGGUGACCGGCGCGCACAUUCAGUUCUACGCGAGCGCGCCGAUCGUCCACAGCAGCGGCCACGUCCUCGGAACGGUCGCCGUCAUGGACCAGCAUGCGCGGACGGCUUGUGACCCAAGCAUCCUCGAGACGCUGGCGUCCGUCGUCAUGAAGAAGCUCGAGACGACGGUCCAAGUCCGCACGAAAGCGCACUCGGUCAGUAGCAACAGCGGGUCGCACGAGCACGAGCACGACGACGUGCCGUCGCCGUCGCAGCACGCGCCGUCGCACCUCGUGUUUACGGACAAGGACCUCCUGCAUCGGAGUCUGUGGGUCUCGGAUGCGAAGCGCAACAACUGCUUUGUGUGCAAGAGCAAGUUUUCCAUGUUUCUGCGCAAGCACCACUGCCGGACGUGCGGCGAAGUCAUCUGCAAGCACUGCGAACGCUCCGCGACCGUCCACAUGAGCGCGGCGGCCACCGAGAUGGAAAAGGUCGCGCGCGUGCCAGUCUGUCUGACGUGCCUUGCCCAGAAGAAGACCGCAGCAGUGGCCGCAGCGACGCCCGCAGUUGUCGACGAUGCCGCGCCCGUGGUCGUCAAGAAGGCGCGGCCGAUCGCCGACAGCAUCAUGACGGUCGAUGAGAUGGACGACGACGACGACGACGCGGUGCCGCUCCUCGACCGGCACAUGGCUUUUGACGUCGACAUGUGCGAAGUCGUGUACACAGACAAGCCCCUCGUGCUCGAACCGCCACCGGCAGCGCCCGAGCUCCAGCGGGAUAUUUCGCGCACUGAGAUUGAGUCGAUGCUCGCCAAGCUCCUCUCGCAGUCGACCGACACACUGCAUCAGCUGUCGUCGCAGCAGGACAACCAGCAUCAAUGAUCGUCCUGUCUCGUCGUCGUCGUCGUCGUUGUAAUAAUUGAAUCGUGUACCGUGUCGUUUACAUUUUUGGAUGACAAUGUGUACAUAGGCCUGUGGACCAC